GAACUGGAAGAGUGAGCACUGAGGACUUGAGCCCUGAGAUCACACAGGCAUCUGGAGGGCACCUGGCCUCAGGGCUGGGCAAGGGCACUGAGCAGCCUGAGCCCAUAGAGCCUGGUGGUUGUCAGGCUCUUAACAGACCAUUUUUCUUUCCACAAAUUCCUGAAAAUGCAGAAUUGAUUAGGUGUAUAGGUUUGUGGAACUUAUUUCAGAACCUCACACACUUGUGGACCCUGAGAUAGUAGAGUUCUGGGACUAUCGCUGCUCUUGUAUCCCUUGGACCUGAGGACUUUGAACAGACACUAAGCCCAGAAUCCUAAGGCCAGAAGUAGGGCUUCAUGAUGUGGACCUUGUUUCUGGCAACCAGUGUAGUGAGUGUGAGGUCCUCCAGACAUAGGUUCCAGAAUGUGCAAAGGCUUGGAGUAAAGAGUGAGCUGAAUCAGGAACCUGCAGGAUGUGAACUUUGAGGAUGUGGCCAUUACCUUCUCUCAGGAGGAAUGGGGGCUCCUUGAUGAGGCUCAGAGACUUUUGUACUGCAAUGUCAUGCUGGAAGUGUUUGCACUUGUAUCAUCUGUAGGUUGUUGGCAUAAAACCGAAGAGGAGGAGGAAUGUUCUGAUGAGACUGUUACUGUACAAGUGGAGUCAGAAUUCACGGCUUCUAAGACAGCCCCACCAGCCCAGAGGACCCAUGUCUGUCAGCGGUGUUUCUCAGUGUUCAAAGAUAUUCUGCACCUGACGGAGUCACAAGCAGCACACAUUGAGCAGAAAGCCUCCUUCAGUGACACAUGUGUGAGAGACACCUGUUCCAAUGCAAACCAUCACCAGCAACAGAGGGAUACCAGUGGAGAGAAGCCGUGGAAAGAAGCUAUGGACAUGGACUUUUUUGAGACCAGGUGCAGCUUCUAUUUGUCAGGGGUGCCUUCAAUCACUAGGGAGGCUGGGAAAGGUUGGCCAGCCAGCUCAGGACUGUUGCAGCCCCAGGCAUCCCUUAACCCCGAGGAGCCUCACAGUGGCAGCGAGAUUUCACAGAAAUCUCACAGCGUAAAAAGUCAUCGCCAGUGGAGCAGCUAUGAAAAUGCUGCAAGCCACAGACAUAAACAUGUUCAACACGAGGCUGCCUUCUCCGGUGACGUGAAAUACGAGUGUCACAAAUGUGGGAAGGUUUUCAGGUGUAUCCUUAACUUUACUGAACACCAGCGAGUUCACACUGGAGCAGCGUCCUACGAGAAUGCCGACUGUGGGAGGCCCUCCCAGCAAAGCUCUUUCCACACUGAACUCCAUGGAGUUCACCCUGGAGAACCGUCUUUUGGGUUCAGUGAGUGUGGGAAAUCACUUGGGUGCAGCGAUGACGUCUUUAAUCAGAAGAGAGUUGACCGUGGAGAAAAGCCAUACCAAUGUGGUGAUUGUGGGAAGUCCUUCCGUCAGAACUACAACCUCAUCCAGCACCACAGGGUCCACACUGGAGAAAAGCCCUAUGCCUGCGGUGACUGCGGGAAGGCCUUCAGCCAGAACUGCACCCUCGUCAAACACCUCAGAGUCCACACCGGGGAGAAGCCCUACGCCUGCAGGGACUGUGGGAAGUCCUUCAGUCUGGUCUCCACCCUCAUCAAACACCACCGAGUUCACACCGGGGAAAAGCCAUACGAGUGCAGCCACUGUGGGAAGUCCUUCCGGCAGGUCUUUGCCCUCACCGAGCACCAGAGAGUCCACCUGGGGGAGAAGCCGUACCAGUGCCGCGAAUGCGGGAAGUCCUUCAGUCACAGCUCCAACCUCCUCAAGCACCGCCGAGUUCACACUAGGGAAAAGCCGUACGCAUGCGGCGACUGUGGGAAAUCCUUCAGCCAGAGCUCUGCCCUCCUCAAGCACCACAGGGUCCACACGAGAGAGAAGCCGUACGCGUGCAGUCGUUGCGGGAAGUCCUUCAUGCAGUUCUGCAGCCUCACCGAGCACCAGAGAGUCCACACCGGAGAAAAGCCAUACGAGUGCAGUGACUGUGGGAAGUCCUUCAGCCAAAGCUCUAACCUCAUUCAGCACCAGAGAGUCCACACCGGAGAGAAGCCAUACCAGUGCAGUGACUGCGGGAAGUCCUUCAGCCAAAGCUCUAACCUCAUUCAGCACCACAGAGUCCACACUGGCGAAAAGCCCUUUGCCUGUAGUUUAUGUAAGAAAUAUUUUAGCCAGAAACACAGCCUGAUUAGGCACCUGAGAAUUCACACUGGAGAAAAGCCUUAAAUUUCCAGAUCGUAUCUUUUUAUCUUUCUCCACUCAGAAUGGCAACACCGAAGGAGAUAUUUUGGGUGUCCCAUUUACUGAAUAUAAACUCCUUUUAUAGAAAGAUAUACGCGCGGUUCUCGAGUUACGUCACACUCGACAUACGUUGUUUUGUGGUUACAUCGCCAUCUCCCAUUUACAGUAUUUAUA